AUGGGUAAUUUCACUAUAGUUAUAGAAUUCCUCCUCAUGGGCUUUUACAAAAACUGGGAACUACAAGUCUUACAUGCCAUGCUCUUCUUGUUCAUCUACCUGAUGGCUCUGAUGGAGAACCUAUUCAUCUUCACCCUCAUCUCUCUAAAUAGGGACCUCCACACUCCCAUGUACUUCUUCCUGAAGAAUUUAUCUGUUUUAGACAUCUGCCUUAUUUCUGUCACUGUUCCCAAAUCCAUUGCCAACUCCCUGAGUCACAGCUGCUCUAUCUCUUACUAUGGGUGGGUGUUGCAGCUCUUUUUAGUGGUUUUAUUUGCAAGAUCAGAAGUUUCACUCCUCACAGUGAUGUCUUAUGAUUGCUCUAUAGCCAUCUGCCAGCCUCUACAGUAUGAAACCAUCAUGACCAAAGGAUCUUGUUUGAGGAUGGCAGUGGCUUCCUGGUUCAGUGGAGGUGUGGUUGGGGCAAUAUAUUCAGCUAAUACAUUCUCUUUACCCUUCUGUGGCCCCAAAGAGAUCCAUCAGUUCUUCUGUGAUGUCCCUUCUUUGCUUAGAAUCUCCUGCUCUAAAGAACACACUGAAGUUUAUGCGAGUGUUGCUACUGCAUUGGUGUUAGGGAUUUUUUGCUUCAUUUCUAGCAUCAUCUCUUAUGGUCACAUCUUCUCAACUGUGCUGAAGAUUCCAGCGACAAAAGGUGGGUCAAAAGCUUUCUCCACUAGCCUGCCUCAUCUCAUUGUUUUCAUGGUUUUUAUCAUAACUGGGGCCAUGGCUUAUUUAAAGCCACCUUUGGACUUUGACUCAGUUCUGGAUUUAUUGUUGUCCAUGUUCUAUACAGUGGUGCCCCCAACUGUGAACCCUAUCAUCUAUAGCCUGAGGAACAAGGACAUGAAGACUGCUUUGAGAAAACUUAUAUGCUGGAAAUACUCAUCACAGGGAUUAAUGAAAAAGUCUUUUCCUUGA